UGCUAGUCUUUCGCUUAGUAUCUGUUAUGUUACGCAUCCAUACGGGUGCUCGAUCCAUACACUUCGAUUCCAUGUGAAAUUUUCAACCGAAUCACCAAUCAAUUUGAGAGUUUAGGGAAUGAUGAUUUGUUUCUAAACCGGUUCAGGCAAAAAAGGACCAUUUAGAGACAUUAUUUUAUACGAAACAUUAUGUAAACAUUAUUUGCAAAAAAAAAAAAAUUGCAAUCGCUUCAAAGCAAGGAUUAAAUUUUGUGCGUUUUGCGGUGUGUGAAAUAUUGAUUACCAGAAUUGUGUAAGAAGAGAAAAAAUAAAUUGUGACAAUCAAAUCAAUAGACAACAAUAAAAGUGUUGAUAAAUUUAUUAUAAAUUUCGAGUGAAUUGAGAAACAGAGACAUUUACAAUGGUCGUUUAUCAAGUGCUAGAACGAGCUUAUCAACCGGAACUCAUGGUGCUUAUCGUUGUGAUAACAAUCAGUACAAUACUGUAUGCCAUAUCUGGUUAUUUGAAAGCAGUUGUAUUGUGUUUCAAACUAAAAGGACCUCCCGCAACACCGUUCAUCGGCAAUAUAUUGGCUAUCAAUGACAAAGAUAUGCUGGAAAAGUAUGUUAAGCCGGCUGAGGCAAUAUAUGGCCGAUUAAUUCGUAUAUGGGUGUUGAUAUUUCCAUUCUUUGCCAUCACGGAUCCCGAAGACUUACAAACGGUACUCUCGAGUAGAAAGCACACCGAAAAAAUAUUCUUCUAUAAAUUGCUGCACAAUUUCCUUGGAAAUGGUUUAAUAACCAGUUCAGCCGAAAAAUGGAAUCUACAUCGACGUCUCAUUCAACCAACCUUUCAUGUGACGACAUUGGACCAAUUCUUAGGCACUUUUAUUGACGCCUCGACUGUUCUGGUGGAACGUUUGAAAAAUGGGGAAAAUCAACUCAAUAUUACGCCUUUGAUCAAUCAAUGUGUUAUUGAUAUUCUGAAUGAAUCGGUUCUUGGCGUUCCAGUUUUGAAGAAAAGCGGUUUCAACAUGGAAAAUUCACCGUUUAGACAAGGUAAAGUGGUGAUGCCGCUUCGAAUCGUAAAGCCAUGGCUGCUGCUGGACUGGAUUUAUAAAAUGACUGAAACAGCAUCGGCCGAAUUGAAUCAAAAACGGAAAUUGGACGAAUUCACAAAAAAGAUGAUAAACAUUCGUCGGGAUGCAUUGAAUCGUGGUGAAAUUCCGCAGCGAAAGUGCUUAUUAGAUUUCAUGCUUGAAAUAUCAAAAAAUAAUCCACAAUUCACCGACGAUGACAUUGUAAAUGAAGCAUGUACAUUUAUGCUUGCUGGUCAAGAUAGUGUUGGAGCCGCAACGGCAUUUUGUUUAUUUUUAUUGGCCACACAUCCUGAAUGCCAGCAAAAAUGUAUGGACGAAUUGAAUGAGAUUUUCAACGAUGACAAUCGUGUGCCAACGAUGAAAGAUAUUCGUGAAAUGCGUUAUUUGGAACAAUGUAUCAAAGAAACGUUACGUUUGUAUCCAAGUGUACCGUUGAUUGCACGUAAGGUAACAGAAGAUUUUCGUUGCGGUAAAUACACCAUUCCAAGUGGCAGUAACAUUUUGAUAUUUCCGUAUGCUACACAUCGAUUAUCGUCAAUUUAUCCGAAUCCAGAGCAUUUCGAUCCGGAACGAUUUUCACCGAAACAAUGUGAAAACCGACACCCAUAUGCCUUCAUACCAUUUUCAGCUGGACCAAGAAAUUGUAUCGGAUAUAAAUUUGCUUUUAUCGAAAUUAAGACAGUCAUUUCGACAAUUUUAAGAGAGUUUGAAUUGUUGCCGGUUGAAGGAAAAACUAAAAUCAAUCCUAUAUUUAGAAUAACAAUUCGGGCAUCUGGCGGUCUUCAUGUACAAUUAAAAUCACGCAAAUUCCCUUCAAAUACCUGAACAAUAUUUGCAAUAACAGCAACAUUUAUUUAGAUACGUUUAACAUAAGCACACACACAUAGUAGCAAUAAGAUUUUUUUUGUUCUUUUCUUUUUGAACGUAAGUAUAUGGGCCAUUGGAGCCGGACGAAAUGAAUGAAAUGAGAGUGCAUUUCAGUGAGAUUAAUUUUAAGCAAAGUAUUUAAAAUUGUUUUAUAUUGUGUACAGAAGAGACAUUGCUACAUGACUUGUGGUUUUAAUCGGUUAUUGUAUUUCAUUCAUCAUUUUAAAUAAUAACAGUCUUAUCACACAUACAACCAAGCGUAUUUGUUAAGCCAAAUUGAAAAUUCUGUCACCGAAAGAUUUUAUAUUAAAAAAAGAAUAAAAUAAUUUUAUUGAAA